AUGGCCGAAAACGACCGUCGAAACCAAGGCUACAGGGGUGGGCGCAAACGCCGCUACAGAGAUGAUGAUGACUUUGAUCGCCGCCCACAAAGGCGUAGAUAUGAGGAGCCAUUGUUCGCCCAGGUCCGACGGCAGUUGUUGACCAUCGCGGAAUCGGCUGCUCGCAGAGCAGAAGAUGACGUCCAGGGUAUUGCGAAGACAGUCGCAGAUAACUACGAGGACGAGGAGAUCCGCGGCGACUUUGUCAACAUCGCCCUUGAUCUCGUUCUCGAACAACCCAUGAAAAUUCCUUUCAUCGCCGGCACGGUCCUGGUCGCACAUAGUCUCAAGCCCGAGCUUGGAUCGGAGGUUUUGAGCAAGGCAGCUGAGGCCUUGCAGAAGUAUAUUGAUAUUGGCGCAUGGCGUGAAGUCAAGCUUCUUAUUCGCUUCCUGGGUAUUCUCCAGCCGGUCUACGAGGGUGACGGUAUCUUCCCUCUUUUGGAAGAGCUGUUCGCUCGUGCAGUCGACCUCCAGACUGCCUCUUCGGAAGAUCUUCUUGGCCUUGAAUUGGUGAAGAUUAUCCAGUUCACCAUUCCUUAUGUCAUGCUAUCCCCCGCCACUGGCUUUGAGGCCCAGGCUUCCGCGCUUCUAGAGAAGACCGAUAUUAUUGCAUCUACGCCGCACGCCCUCGUCGAUUUGGUGAACACAUUCAGCCCCGAGGAGAACCAGGAGGCAGCUGGUCAAAGUGUUAUCAGUUUGAUGCAAACUCAACUCCAAGGGGAGGCCAAUCAGGGCUGGGAGCUUAAGUGCCUCCUCGUCCUUGGAAAGACGUCCACGGAUGAGCCCAAGUCUUUCGAAUCGGUGACCAAGGUCCCUUUCCCCACAGUCACUGUGCCUAACCCUGUACUAAACGGCGCGCGUCCUCUCUUCCCGGAGGUCUACCUUUCGGUGUAUGCCAACCAAGAAGUAGACACCGUUCCUUCAACCACAGACAUCUCCUCUUCGCUUAUUCGGGAUGCGUUGGUUGAUACUAUUAACCUCCUUGACUUCAACCGUGUUGCUACAGCCAAGUUCCUGAUCGAUAUAGACUGCUAUUUCACCCCUACCACAUUCGUGAAGCGUGCCACGCCUUUCGACCGAAUGCGCGAGCUCGCAGGGGAGGUGCAGCCAUGGAAGCCCGAGGAUGUGGCAGUGGACGCCGUGUUCUCGCAGUUAUUCCAAUUGCCAGCAUCGGAGCACAAGCUCGUCUACUAUCACUCUGUUCUCACCGAGUGCUGCAAGAUUGCCCCCGCCGCAAUUGCACCAAGUUUGGGCCGUGCAAUCCGAUUCUUGUACAACAGCCUGGAGACAAUGGAUUUGGAGCUUAGCAACCGUUUCCUGGACUGGUUCGCUCACCACUUGAGCAACUUCGGGUUUACAUGGAAAUGGAGCGAGUGGGUCGACGAUCUUGAUCUGCCCGCCAUUGAUCCAAGAAUGGCGUUCAUCCAAGGUGCUUUGGACAAGGAGAUUCGAUUGAGUUUCGCCCAGCGCAUCAAGGGAACCCUACCUGAUCCAUACCCGAAGUUGAUCACAGCAGCCAAAGAGAAGGAUACUCCCGAGUUCAAAUAUUCCUCUGAAAUGGCACCUUACUCUAAACAAGGACAAGAACUCAUGCAGCUUAUUCGGAAGAAGGCUAGCGACGAAGAAAUUCAGUCCGUCAUCACAGCCAUCGAAGAUCAGGCGAAGAGCCAGGGCGUCGAGGACCCUAAGAUCCCCUCGACAGAUGCAUUCGUAACCUCACUCUGUUACGUCGGAUCCAAAUCGCUCUCUCACGUCCUGUCAUGCAUCGAACGGAGCAAAGAUCGCCUCCUGGCCAUCGGCACGGAAUCCCAGCGUGCCCGCUGCCAAAUCAUCACCUCUGUUAUGGAAUACUGGGUCGAUCAGCCCGGUAUUGCCAUCAACAUCAUCGACAAGCUGCUUAACUACACCAUCCUCACCCCACUCUCCGUCCUUGAAUGGGCCCUAUCCGAAUCCGUCGCGGCAGGAACCAUCCUCUCAAAGCCUCAUAUCUUCGAGAUGAUCUCCGCCACCGUCGGCAAGGUCACUAACCGCAUGCGCCAGAUCGUCGCUGCCCGCACCCAGCCCGGCCUCUACGAGCCCCAGCUUAGCGUCAUCGACGAGACCCUUGUUCAUGAGCGCACAGAUAUGCAAGCCCUUUUCAAGUACAUCGAGGACUCCAUCGUCUCCAUCGCUGCUGGAAGCAAUGACCAACAGAUGGAGCGCGGUGAUGGCAGCGGCACUCUGCCCGAGGACGCCAUCAUCCGCCAAUGGGGCCGUCGCUGGCUCCGCGUGUUCCGGAGAAAGGCUGCCGUCGAGGAAUCCUUCAUCUCUGACGCCCUAGCUAACGCUACUCCACUCGGCACCCAAGCCCCGCCUGUUUCUGGGCGGGAGGGUGCUAUGGAUGGAGAUUUGGAUAUUGCCGAUGCCGAUGCGCCAUAG